GGAGGAGGAUGGGACUCUGCUGAUGCUGAUGCGAGAGGCUUCGGCGUCUGUGAUCAACAUCGAAGAAGAAACACUGCCUGAUGAUGGAGCUUUUUGCAGCCUUAUCUAACACCUUUAUCGGCCGCUUUGUGGGUUUCGACGCGGGACACUGAGGCAGAUGUGUUUUUGAGACGAGAUAACAGAGGAAUUUGAGGAGGAAAAAGGACGGUUUCGUCUCGUCACUCGUCUGGCCUGUCUACUGACAGACACAGGUGGAUUGGCGUUGGAAAAAACGGCAUCGAAACACAGAUAUAACCUUGGACUAUGCCGGAGGCGACAGUUUCUAGGAUAUUCUCUUAAGUAGCAGAUGAUAACAGAUGAGAUUCGGUUUCUUUUAAUUUGAGGGGAUACGCGGUGGGCUGUUUAGCGUGUUAGCUAGCUAAUAGGCUAAUUUCGCUAGCUAGUCAGUUAGCAGCUGGCCAAUGGCACGGAAGAAGUGGGAUUCUCGGAGGAGGAGUGACCUGUAGUUACUGGCAUAAAAAACAUUAAAACAUGGGCGUUUGACAGCUUAUUUAGUCAGUGUCGUUGUAAUGAGCUAUCUGACAUUACAUUCGUAGAUAAUUUCAGGCUUGAAUUCCUCUGGUAUAAUUGUCGCUGCGCUGCUUCGUACACAAAUUAGCUUCCGAUGGAUAAAAUGAGAUAAUUGGCUAAACAAGCUAAUGUUGUCAAACACCAGGGACUUAAGACGCCGAUUUGUAUUGUUUCCCACUGGCCUCGCCGCAGUGAUAACAAUUCCAUCAUGUUAUGUGGGUGUAUUUCGUCAGUAGGAGCAUGUUGACGUUGGAUAUGUGGGAACAUUUGGCUACAAUCGGGAGUGGACGCACCGUGAUAGAACCGGACAUAGUGAGUUAAACGAGAAUGGGCAUCAGUGCUGUUUUCACCGAGAGUUUAAUAUGACUUUUGAUUUUAGGUAACAUUAUUGUGACAGCCAGUUCAGUUAAAUUAACAGUCAUAUAUGUUUACACAUCAAAUCUAAAACGAUCCUUUCUGUUUAAGCUCAUCUUAUUAUUUAAAACACAGCAGUAUCUACCAGCAUUUGUACAAUGUUAGAUAGAUGAUGCCACUAAGUAUCAUGUAUUAUGUCAGGACUUCAUUGAAGUUGUGUAGUGCCAUUUAAAAACAUGACAUUAAAACUGAAAAACUGGAUCUUGAUGACAGCAGUGAGAUAAGAAGUUGCCAGCUUUCUCCAGUUUACAGAGCCGGGGAAUCACCAGUAUAAAUGGAACCGACCGUCCUUGCUGGCCCUUUGGGGCACACACAGUGGGAGACAGAACAACCAUUUCCUCUUGGAUUUCACACACUAAAUUCAGACAAUGGAGAUGUGCUGUGUCAAAACAAGAGUGGACAGACAGGUUUGGAUUUCAGAAACGGUGACCAGGAUCACACCCACAAACAAAGUGAAGAAGAAGGUGUUUAUCAGGGAAAAGUGGCCGAGUUGGGCCUCAUAAAUAUCUCUGACUAUUCUUAUGGGGAUUUGCAGUUUGAGGGAGAUCAGACUACUAAUUCCAAAGCUUUUCUCCAUAUUACCCAUAAAGAGGAUUUGUCUUACACAGAAAAAACUGAGGCAUCUGAUGAAAUCACUGACUCCACCUUAUCAUGGCUAUUCACCCCGAACCUUUUUGACAUUGCUGGGAAAAACACUACCUGUGAAGAAUUGAGUCCACCACAGGAGGCCCCUUGUGAGGGCCAAGACAGUGACAGUAAUCAGGCUGAGAUAAAACGCCACAGUGAACCUUCUUCAUCUAAGUGUUCUGAUGAUAAUUCUGAAGGAAACAUGCAAGAUUUGUUUUUGUUGGUAGAUCUCUUUUCUGAUGAACACUCUUGUGUCACCUCGGACUCUCCAGGUGAGUCAGACCUGCAGAGUGUCACAGAGGAGCUGGUGGACCUGUCACAAGAGGAGCACGCUGGUCUCCCUCCCUCCCAGAGCACUUUGUCACCUGACACUGGAGACAAAGGUUUAUUCCCUGAUCAAGUGACUGAUCUGCCCAUAACCAGUAGCUCUACUUUACAAGGUUUGCCUGAGAACUGCCUUCCACACAACCACAUCAGCUCGGUUCUGGAGUGUUUUGAAGGAUCUGUGCCUUUGUUGGAUUUAGAGGUUCCAAAUUGUGAUAGCAGUGUAAGUUUGUGCCCUGCCAGUCCUGCCUCUGUUAUCUGCACAGGUGCACCGUUAGUUUUAUCAACAGUGGAGUCAGAGGUGGAUCAAACAGGAGCUACUGUAACUCAGAGUCUGACUUCAGAUCACCAAAGUGAGACUGACUCAUCCACUCCAGGUUUGUCAGCUGAAACUUCAUCGCCGACGGUCCAUCUGCCUAAAGAUGCUUUCAUCCAGGAUGACUUCAUCAGUGAGAGUGAUGCAGCGGAGAAUGAGUCUAAAGAUCUGAUGGAAGGCAGAAUCUCUUCUGAAGCCAAAAAUCUGGGGAAUGAAGCUAUGGCCUUGGAUCUCUGCUUGACUGCUGAUGAGGUCCAUGAUAAAGAAGCUUGGGACUUGAAACCAGUGGGUUUACAAAAUGACAUUACUUCUACUCCGACAGGUGAACAGAUGGAGGAGGAAGAGAGGCUGACAGACGCUGACCAUCUAGAAGGAGCAGACUGUCAUGAAGUGGGAUCUUUGGAUUUUUCAAUUCAGGAGUCAAAAAGCUCUUCUUCUGAGGGUGGAUGGACUAAUGAGCAAACUGUGGAGACAAUUUCCCUCUCCAAGAUGGUGGUAGAUGACUCACUGCCAAUAGUUUCAACUGUGAAUACGAGGGAGGAAGAUGUCUCCCCUCUAAAAGCUGUAUUUGACGCUUUAGACCAAGAUGGAGACGGCUUCGUUCGUAUUGAGGAGUUCAUGGAGUUUGCUGCUGCGUAUGGGGCAGAUCAGGUGAAGGAUCUGACCAAGUUUUUGGAUCCCAGCGGACUGGGAGUGAUUAGCUUUGAGGACUUCCACCGUGGAAUCUCUGCUAUUAGUAAUGGAGGUCCAGAGCCACCGCUUUACAGUGUGAACUACAGUCCAGGGGAUGGAGCUGUGGGCUGUCCCGAGGAAUACGAUGAGCAAAAUGAGGUGACUGACAGCGCAUACCUGGGCUCCGAGAGCACUUACAGUGAGUGUGAGACCUUCACUGAUGAGGACACAGGCGCCCUUGUACCUCCUGAGAUGCAUGAGGAUGUGGAGACCGACAGUGGCAUCGAGGCCACGCUGCACGACCCUGAAGACGGUGGAAAUAGGUUUUCACUAAACUCGGAGCUCCACAACCACUCCCUGGUGACGGUCAUUGGUGGAGAGGAGGAGCACUUCGAGGACUUCGGGGAGAGUAAUACCUCAGAGCUGCUGCUGGAGACCAGUGUGGAGGUGACUGAAGGGGAAGGUGACUCCCCUCUCAUACAGCCCCCCGAGCAGAUCAAUGGCUCCGCACUGCUUUCACCCAGUGCAACCGCUCCUCUCCCUGACUGCUUUCAGAGCUUCCUCAGGGAGGAGGCACUGGACUUUUUCUGUAGCCAGUGUCACAAACAAAUAAGUCGUCUCGAGGACCUCUCCACUCGCCUCAAUUUCCUUGAGAUGACUAGUGCGGGCAAAAGGCUGUCCAGCAAGAAAGUAGCAAGACAUCUACUCCAGAACAGCUCAAUGACUCUGGACACUAUGAGCGACUUGACACGGGACAUCCUGGAACUUGCCGACAACGACAUCACAGACAAGGUGCUGCUGCUCGAGCGCCGAGUGGCAGAACUAGAAAAGGAGUCAGAGGCGUCAGGGGAGCAGCACGCACGGCUACGCCAGGAAAACCUUCAGCUGGUGCACCGGGCUAAUGCUUUUGAGGAGCAACUGAAAGAGCAGGAGCUGUACGCCGAUGAGCAACUUCAGCAAGAGAAUCGCCGUCAUAAGGAGGCCCUGAGCAAAUUGGAGAGAGAGCGGGGACUGGAGCUGGAAAACCUGCAGGCCAGGCUGCAGCAGCUGGAUGAGGAGAACAGUGAACUGAGGUCCUGUGUUCCUUGUCUACGAGCAAACAUAGAGAGAUUGGAGGAGGAGAAGAGGAAGCUGCAGGAUGAGACAGAGGCCAUGAGCGACAGGCUGGAGGAAGAGAUGGAGUCACGCAGGAAGAUGCACGAUAAGCUGAGCCAUGAGCGCCACCAGAACCAAAAGGAAAAGGAGUGCACUCAGGAGCUUAUUGAAGACCUGCGUAAACAACUCGAGCACCUACAGCUAUACAAGUUGGAGGCCGAAGCAAAGAGGGGGCGCACACCUGGUGCAGGGCUGCAGGAGUAUCAGACCCGAACCCGUGAAGCUGAGCUGGAGCAAGAAAUUAAACGACUCAAACAGGACAACCGCAGCCUGAAGGAGCAGAAUGAUGAGCUGAACGGCCAGAUCAUCAACCUAAGCAUCCAGGGAGCCAAGAACCUGAUGUCGGCCUCUUUCUCUGACUCACUGGCAGCUGAGAUCAACUCUGUGUCCCGUACUGAGUUGAUGGAGGCUAUCCACAAACAGGAGGAGAUCAACUACAGACUCCAGGACUACAUCGACAAAAUCAUCGUGGCCAUCAUGGAGUCCAAUCCCUCCAUCCUCGAAGUCAAAUAGAUGACCAACACCUCUACACAAACAGCCAGAGGACCUCGCACAGUCACUCCUCAGGCUGUUAAAAUAAUACUGGAAAACUUGGCUAAAAACACAAACUACAGAGGAUGUAAAAAUAUAAACUUGCACCAUUUUGGUAGGACGACGACGACACGCUCAAUUCAUCCAACUCCCCAAAAAGAAGAAUUGAAGACAUGUUUGUGAAGAAUAAGCUAUUUUUAGUUUUAAUAUCCCUGGAGUCUGUGCUUAUUUGUGAGUGUAUGUGUUCACCCUCCUCAAUACUCUUGGGUUCUGGUGACUUCCAUGUAUUUGGCUAGAGGGACCUGAGGCUCCUUUAGAGUGUUUGCAAUUGUGUGCAAGAGGACAGUAUCGCUAAAAGUAGAAACCCUCCCAUCCCAAUCCAAAAGCAAAGUGUCAAUGUUUGAUUGAGUUAAAAGAAAAGGAUCAGACAAUUAUACCUAAAGGCCUUAAAAGAAAGGUGAGCAAAGUAUUUCUGAAUUUUACAUAACCGUACAUGCCUCAGUUCAGUCUGUGAAGUGGUACUGGGAUGGCAGCAUGCGGGCUGUGAUCUCCAAGGCCGAGCUGAAUCAUGUUUUAAUCAAGACAUACAUAGCUGUAUGAUGCUCCGGUCGAGAGAAAAGUAGCCGCAACUUCUCUUUUGGAUUUGUUUUAAGCUUGCUGUGUUGCCUACUUUAACAAAAGUUCAAUCUUUCCAGUCAACCCAAGUGAGGGGACAUUUCUAGGGGCUGAAGUUGAGAAAUGCCCGGAGGGUUUAUGUGUGUGUGUGUGUGGGUGUGUGUGAAGUGUUUGACAUUUCCUUCUUAGCUUUGAGUUAUCAGAAGGUUUUCACAAAGCUUGAUGACACUAGGUGGGAGAUAAUAGGAAUGACCCGCUCAUUCCUGCAAGCGUCGCACAUGAAGGAACCGGGUGGCGUAUAAUUCGCUUCAUCUCAUUUAUUUUUACAAUGAAACAGGGUUCUGGAGCUCAGGUGGGCUGGAUACCUCAGAUUAAAAAAAAAAUAAAAUGCCACAUUUCCCUUGACUGUAAUAUUUUUUGACAUAAACUUAAAGUAUAAAAUGGACACUGUAACUGACAAAAAAGAUAUUCAUACAGACAUGUUCACUUUGUAAAAUGGCCAACACUUGAAUCAAGCAUAAAGGGAAACUGGUGUGAAUAUGGGAAUAUGUGGUGCUCUUUUGAGGAUCUUAAUUUGUUAAAUACAGCCCACCUGAUCCCAGUGUUCCCUCGCUGAGUGAAAGUGAUAGGGAGCAAGCUUAUUUAGGUUACAGACCCUUUUUUUUUUUCUGCACAAAAGUAUUUAGUAAAACUGACAUCGAAACUGAAACAUGCUGACUGUAUGUGAAGAAAAAAUGGUUGUACUUUGCACUAAGUUUUGUUUUGUUCUAUUAUGUUUUGUAGAUAGAAUAUUGUGAAGGGAUUAAAUCGUUAAUGAAGGUAGUUUUCAAGCCUAUGAAGAUGAUUCGUUAGAGGGACACACAAGUACCAACAAAGUUCUGCUUAAAUUGGAAAUACUCAAGAAUAAUUCUGGAUCGUCUGCAGUUGUGUCUCGAGAUGUUUGUUGUUUAAACCCCAUCUACUGAUACAAUAAGGAGGAGGCAUGGCAGACAAAAGUAGCAAUAACGCUUAGCAAGAAAAUGGACACUUAUGGCAGGGAGAUGGGGGAAAAACAAAACAAAAAAACAAUGGCGCUUUAUUUUCUUUUCUCUUAGAGCAGCAUCCACAGCAGGACGUCUAAUGUUAGACUGAUGCUGUGCUCAUUGGUACCGCGCAGCCACGUCUCUGGACUUUGAUUUUUCGCUCUGAAACCAGACUUUGGUGUUGGAUGAACCCUACCAGACGUCUUUAUGGAUUAAAAAUUGAGCGGCAGUCAGAAAGGUUGUGUAUUUUCUCCAAACCGCAUGGCAUUGUGCACCAGUACAAAAACAACAUGCUAAGAAGAAUUUCCUAUUUUUCACCCUGGUCACCUCUUUCAGUCUGUCUCACUGCUCUUCUUCACCUGCCACUCCAUGGAAAAUGGCCUUGGAUGUAAAUGACUUGUACAUGUAAAGUUUUUUCUACACUCAUUCUAGAUUCUAGGUAUUUUUAUAGUUGGAAAAGAACCUUUUUUUUUUUUCUUGUCUUAUGCUGAGAAACAGCUGCCUGUAUUCUUCUCUAGCAUGUAGCGUGUACAGUACCUGUUGGAUUCUUUAUUGUUUUGAAAUCACACGAAGAUAUUUAUUCCUCCUUUGACAACUCACAAACUCUCUUGUGAUCUGUUCUGCUGAAAAUAUGUUUGUACAUCGGUAUUUUUGAAAUCUAAAUCGGGGUGGGGUGGGGGUCAGUUCUAUAUGAACACCCUGAGAGAGAAUUUAUUGAAUUAAGAGAAUUGUUCUAAAGCUAUAUUGCGUUUGGUUGAGCUACCGUACUGUGCAAAAGCUUGAAUGUGAGCUGCUCGGUGGUUGUUUGAGGUUGUUGCACUCUUCCAUAAUGCUGAUCUGGCAUUGACCUGUUCAGGAUUGUGGUUUUAGAGAUAUGGCAGAGUCUGCAAUUUGUACUGUUGUCUUCCCAGAUGGAGUCAGGUACUGCACAGAAUUUUUUUUUUUUAUUGUAUAUCUAUAAUUCAGUUAUUUCACCUUGUUUUGACUGAUAAAUCCAUCUGAAAUAAUAUCCAUUGGUGGAGUUGUAGAUUGUGAGACCUUCUAUCGACACCAUAUGACACCUAAAACCUCAUAUCCAGGCUCACUGAGUUCAGCUUCCUGCCUUUAUUAGUGUGACUGAACGGUUUUCCCCAUUCAAUACUUAAGUCUUUAUUGCGCAACGUAAUAAAUCAAUGAUGUAAGAGGAAACAGAUUUAUCUCUCUGCACAGCAGGCUACUACAGCGAAAGCUCUCCCUGUUACGUAUUUUAGUGUCUGGUUUUGACAGGACUAACAUAAGUGGCAACAGAAACCAGACAACAGGUGAGGCCAGAGCUGAUAAAAAACAUUCCCUUUUAUUAGCAGAGCUGGAGGGGAUUGCACUUUAACCAGAUCCAGUUUCUCCUUUUAACUCCCGCUUCUUUCCAAAUGACCAAAGACAGACGUUUGACUUAAAGCUGAUCAUUUUAUCUAUCAGGGUCUGAGGUAACGCUUUCAGUUUCAUCACCAUUAAAACAAAAAUCAGCAGAUGUAUUUUCCAGCUUGUCCCAGAAAGAAACAAACUGGCCUGCUAGUCUAAACACUGUGCCUCUGUGUCUCAAACUUUGCCUCUAAACUAACCUGAUGAUGAGCCCUGGGGGAAAGCACUGACCACGUGACUGUCAGUUUGUUAAAUUAUAAUGAUGAAACCUAAACUGUAAAUAUGAACUGUCAUUUUUGUGAACUUCUCUCUUUCUCUCUUUCACACUCACUUCCAGUGUCCAAAGAAAGUUUGCUCAAGGCACAAACAUCACUACUGUAGUAGUGCAUGGCUUGCCAUUAUGUGACAUGGGAAGAUAAAAAGAAUAUUGUAGAAAGCAGAAAUUGUAAAACUUAAAUUUAUUCCUAUUUUCAAAGAUAAAUGUAUAAAUUAUAUCCGUAUUGGUUACAGCUGUAUAUUAUUUUUGAAGAUCCCCAAAUGAUCUAAUCCUAAUUGUUAUUGGGGAAAUAUAAUUUCAGUCAUUGUAAAAAGAGAAAAUUUUAAGGUAAGCAGUGAAAGUAAGAUUAGGAAAAUAAAUAAAAGGAAUAAAAGU